GGCGCCUCAGUCGUCCCGCGUACGCUAAGCGGCGCGGACCUGUCGCGCUUCGUACGCUCCGCUUGCUCCGGAAACGCGUCGCGAGUGUUCGAAUUACAAAAUUUGAAAAUUGUGUUCUCUUUUUUUUUCAUUACUCUGUGCACUGUGCUUGGAUUUGUCUUGGAAUAUAAAAAGGUACAGAAUCAAACAACGCAGCUAAUGUGAUAAAGCAACGUAAGGCUGUAAUCUGCUAAGUCAUUAUUGUCUCGUAUGAACCUAGUAAGCUAGCUGACAACUUCUAGAGGGUCCAGAACCCUGACACCAAAGAUGCGCGGAGUGUCGCGAUGUGUGGCGCUGUGCGCGUUGAUCGUCGCUUGUUUGGCUGACUCCACUGAAGACCUAAAAGGUGAGUCAGUGGAGAGCGCGAGCACGUCAACGGGGAGCUCGCAGGAGGAAGAAGAGCCCAAGGAGGCGUGGAUGAGAGCCCCAGCCGGGGGCGUCGCUGUGAGGAGCGGGGAGGACGCCCUCCUCACUUGUGUGGUGCUUGGAGCCAGAGGGAAGCCGGUACUGUGGAGGCGGGCGAGAGACCUGCAGCUACUGACGGCGGGAGGAGUGAGGGUCACGAGGGAUGACCGAGUCCACGUGUUGCAUGACGACUCGGAAGAGCCCCUGCAAGGGCCGGGAAUCGCCAAGGGUGGCGACGUGUGGGCGCUGGUCAUCAAGUCAGUGAAGGCUUCCGACGCUGGCCUCUACAUGUGUGAGCUCAACACUGAACCGCCUGUCAAGAGCUUCCAUAGACUUACUGUGAUAUCAAGAGGCCUGACGCCCCCGGAGAAUCAGAACGUAACGGAUAGCUACUCUGCCAAUGUUCCGACCUUGUCCUCCCUGGCUCUGGCCCACAACUACACCGACUGCUGCAUAGGAGCCAACGUUACCAAGAGCUGUUUGGGCUUCUGCAGCAUUCAGACCAUCUUGGAAGGCACUGGCCAGGAUCCCGAGACCUGCCAGCCUGACUUUCCAGCUAUUGUCAAAUGUAUGGCUGAUGGCCGUAAUCAUGUCCCAUGCUGUGUGCAAGAGAGAGUACCAGAUAUCUGCCAAGACGUCUGCAGAGGAGAGUUCACGCCAGUCACGGACAAUAUAAAGACGCACUACUCCUGCGCAGCGUAUAUGGAGAAGACCUUGGCUUGCAUAGUCGAGGGCAUUGAAUUGCUUCCCAGCCCACCAGAAGAUGUAGAAGUGGAACCACUGAAUGAAAAACAGCUGAACAUUACAUGGAGUCCACCAGUUGAAAACACAGACAGCGUCACAGAAUAUGUAAUCAACAUCACCACCCUCCGCUCAUUCGAUGCCCAUCCCAUCGAACCCUCUGAGAGUACCAUCAAGAAUACAACGAUGAAAAUGUCACAACCAAUGACGUACAAAGUAAACGCGAACAGGACCUUUUUGGUGAUAAACGAUUUGCUACCGUUCACGAUGUAUGAGAUUACUGUGACAUCAUACAAUAUUCACGGAUCAAGCUUGCCUAGCUACGCUAUCAGGUCGUUGACCUUAACACCAGGCAAGAUGAAGCCGACGGAGGUAGCGUCAGCACCCAAGCUGCCCGAUGUCCGAGGUUGCUGCGUGUCCGCCGGCGUCAACCAUUAUGGUUGCGUCGACAAACUCUGCGAUCCCACCAAGACCUUCGAAAUUGACCUGCAGGUCACAGAUCUGAUGAUAUGCGCACCCUGGGCGGGUGUCACCUUCGGGUGUUUGGCCAACGGGAUGGACCAUACCCCCUGCUGUCGAUCUCGGGGACUCCCAGAACCCUGUCUUCCGUUAUGCAGUGGAAACAUCACUACAUUGGAUUUCAAUCACUUCAAGUGCCUCCGCUACAUGUCGUCAUACACCAACUGCCUGCUCCAAGGCUAUGGCGUGCUCCCAGGCCCGCCGUCACGGCUGCAUCUCACCAACAUUGACACAGACUACGCCGUGGUUCACUGGGCCCAGCCGGCGGCGUUAGCUGAUACCGUGCAGUACUACAACCUGCAUUACAAGAGCCUUCAGGCUGGGGAUGACUAUAGAGUAUUGGAGAAGCUACAUUCACCAUACAUCCUGGAAGAUUUGGAAUCUAAUACUGACUAUGAGAUCUACGUGGAGGCAGUCAAUGAACACGGAGUGGGGGAGGCGUCUCCUAGACUCAUAUUCAGGACACAAAGCCAGCUAGUAGAAGAGGAAGAAGAGGCAGCGAACGCAUACAACGUGACAGCGUGUUGUGAGCGCGUGCAGUUGGCGGGAGUGUGCAUGCCACUGUGCUCGUUUGACGCCAAAAUGUCUGACCUGAGGACGCUCGCGCCGCUAUGUGCGCAGGAGUUCCAUAAACUGUUGCGGUGCGGCGCUGGAGGUCGUAACCAUGAAGAAUGCUGCGCAAGACGCGGCGUGCCGGCGAACUGCCGCGGGGUGUGCGCUGGCGCAUACAGCGGCGGCGUCAACACGUGUGUGCCUUACAUCGGCAACAUCGUGCAGUGCUUUGAAGAAGGAACCGGCCUCCUCCCGGGCCCACCUCGCGAGCUGCACGCGGUCCUCUCCCCAGACCGCAAGCUGUUCUUGGACUGGUCACCACCUCAGGACGGUGCCAACGCUACGUCCUAUACAGUGCACUGGCAGAGAGUCGGCAACAACUCCCAGCCUUACUACUACAACAUGCUGCAGCUUGAUAAUAAAAUGAACGUGACUGACACGCUCACACACAUCGGCAACCUGGAGGCGAACAGCACCUAUCACGUGUUCGUGGUGGCGGUGAACGACCACGGCACCUCGCUGCCGUCCAGCAUGCUGCUCAUCAACAUUACUGAUAGUGGACAAGAGAAAGAAGUGAAGGGCAUCCCAUCACCACCACACUCUCUAUCUGUGUCUUCCCACUCCGCCACCUGGUUGACUCUCAGCUGGCAGCCACCGCAGUUCUCGCAGCCGGAUGAGAAAAUCACGUACACGCUGUACUUCAAGUCGCCAACCCUACCAGCUGCGAGUAACAUCACGACUAUAACGACCACAGUACCAGGACACACCCUGGAUAAGUUGGCUCCGAACACGCAGUACGUCGUCUGGGUUAAGGCUCAUGCUGUCGCGGGAGACUCCUUGCCUUCAGAGACUUUGUUGGCUUGGACUGACCCGGCGUAUCCAGCUUAUGUUGAGCCGCCGACUGUGAAUCCUGUAAACCUGGUGGUGGAAGGAUCCAGCAUGACUAUCCUCUGCAUCGCUAUGGGGACCCCUACACCCACCAUCUCACUUUACAUAUCUGGUCGUCUGGUCCGCCAAGAGGUGACGCGUCACAUGGUGACUGUAAUCCACAACGUGACCCGGGACAUGGACCAGAUCUCCUGCUACGCUGACAACGGCUACGGCACGCCCAUGCAGGCUUCCAGGAAGAUCAAUAUUUCACACGUCCCAACGAUCCAAGCUUCAGGCAUCACGAUGGCAGCUGCAGGUGACUCGGUAAUCCUCGAGUGCAGAGUGGAAGCUUUGCCCAAACCCACCAUCGCCUUCUGGAGAGACCCCAGUGGAAGGACCCCAGUCAUUGAUGGGCCCAACUACAGUAUACAGCUGUUGGCUGAUCCAGAGGAACAAACCAAGUACACGAUGCGUCUGGUAAUAAAGAAGAUAACAGAAGCAGACGAAGGUGACUACUUCUGUCACGCUGAGAAUGCUUUCGGGAAGACCCUGCGUCCCGUAUCGGUGAGACUGCGCCCCACCACGCCACACCAUAACGUCACUGAAUGCUGUACUCAGAUGAAUGUAUCGUCAGCAUGUAUCGACGCGUGCAGCUUCCACCUAGACAUGGACAACAUCAUGGACAGACCUGAAUGUAUGAACGACUUUGACAAGCUCAUGAAAUGCGCUGCUGAUGGGUCAGACCACAGAAGCUGCUGCGCGUCCUGGGGUGUACCUCGCAACUGUCUGGAACUCUGUCGCGGUGGAUCCUUCUCCAAGACGUGCGCUCUGCAACAUGCGAGGAGGGCGCUGGCUUGCUUCAGAGACUCUGGUGCCAGGUUGCCUGGCCCGCCAAGGAACUUGAAGGCGCAUGUCGCACCGACGCCGCAUUCUGUGCUUUUGAGUUGGGAGCCUCCACUCAAGAACCCUCAAACAGUGUACUUAUACCGGGUGUUCUGGCGAGCGUACGGCGCCAAGGCUCCUGAGAAGCUGGACACCAGUGAGACCAGCGUGGUCAUCACUGGUCUGCAGGAUGAUGUACGGUACGAGUGCGUGGUGAAGGCUGCUAAUGAUGUCGGUACCUCAUCCCUGAGUCUGCCAAUAAUGUUCACGACAGCGGGACAAGAGACCGGUGCGGCGGCUGCGCCAGUCACUGGUGCUGGUACCGCCACGGCUGUCGGUCUGGCGCUCGCUUGUAUACUAGUGGCUGCCAUAUUGGCUGCUGCUGGGCUGUAUUAUAGGCAUAGGAAGAAUCUUAGGCUUAAGUCUCAAGGAGGAGUAGCAUUCGAAAACCCCAGCUACCUCAGAGAACCAAAUCCUGAUACCGUUGUUAAUGGUACGUUACCAAACGGCAACGCGAAUGGUGGAAGCGCCAUCACAAAUGGCGUGUCCAACAGUACUGCGUGGAGACAGGAGACGCUGCAGCCCUCGAGCGCCAGCAUCCCAGCCGCCAGGGAGGUGGACCCCACGCUGUAUGAGGAGCUGAAGCUCGGGCAGGACGGCGCGGGAUUCAAGAGGUUGAAGCCAUAGCCCGAGGUCCCGAGUCGCUCGCCGCUCCGCUCGCCGCGGCUAACGUCGCGGGUGGCGCCGCGGUACUGAGCGGCCGCCCCCGCAUCUGUCUGUCUCGCUCCUACACAACAGCCCCAGGACAUCUUUCUUCCCUUUCUCACCAUAACAAUAUACGGCCGGUCGCACUUUUAGCGCGUUUCCGUACGAAUUUGCAUCGUACGUUUUACGAACGAAUGCUUGUCUAUGACUCGCACACUGUGCGCGUUCCCAUAGUAUUUGAAAGAUUGGGACGGUUCAUGUGUCCAUAUGCUUACGCACGAUUUGAAUUCGUUCGAAAAUACGUCUGGCCUAUAUUAUUUUUUAUUUUAAAAUAAUAUUUUUUGUGUCAAAAAAUAUCAUAUUUUAUAUUUUUAACGGUUGUGCGAUAAUCUUCGUGCGAGCGAGACGUAUGACAAUUUAGUGUAGAAACAGAUCAUAUACAUUUUGUACAGUAGUAUUUAAAGAAAGAACCAUUAAGAAUGCGUGGGAGCGGAGUGUAAGUAAAUAAAAAUGUAAUUUAAAAAAAAUAUCAGUAUAUUUUCAGUAACGUACUUGAUGUGAUUUUUAACCAAAAAAAUACCGACCUCAUGUACUUGUCAUUCAUGUAAAUAUUUUGUUGGCUGAAGAUUUUCAUGUGAUUCGUAGCUACAGGAUUUAGUGAUAUUCCUUAACGUCGAGAUUCUUGGAAAACUAACCGAGCUCUAUACAAGAUAGUUUCAAUUUAGGUGAAAAAUAUUUUUUACCCGGAUUGAAAAUAAUUGAAAGAAAUCGGAGGGUUCUUAAAGAAAAUCACAUUAGAAAGUGAGUUUUCAAAAAGCCUCUAACGUCGUUUUCACUAUUAGGCGACGCGACGGUAUGUUCGUCUCAAUGUUUUCUUCAAAACACCUUAAUUUCCCAAGGUGUCCCGCUAUACCCUGUAGGCUGAGUUACGUGAGAUCCUUCAGUAAGUAAAUAAAGAAGUUCUAUAGCUCACGUAGCUUCAAGGUCGCCCUGAAGUCAAAUAGAAAAGGAUUAGAAUUCUAUAAAAAUGUGCCUUCGAACAAUUUAUAAAGUAGAUAGUGUAAUAUAGAAUUAGUUACCUUUUGGCCUAUGAAUUUGUACCUAUUGUAUAUAAAAUGUUUUUAGACAUUCCAUAGAAGAUAUUUGUACCUUGUUAUUGUACGCGAUGAACGAUUGUGUAAUAUUUCUUUUUUAUUGAUUAACAGAUACUUUUGCUUGAAUCUUAGACAUGCCUAUCAUAAACACCAAUCUGUAAGGUUUCAAGCAUCAGUAAGCUUUUUAUUUCGGAAAUAUGAUAUCAAUGACAUUUUUAUGGCACUAUGACUCACUGUCAGGUUUCAAUUAAACACGCGGGAAAACGUCUCCGCGUGAACACUCGUAUACAUCGCUAUGUUUGAAUUUACCGCGCGGCGCGUCGCGACUCAAAAAACAAGGCAUAAAGCUGCGCGUACGGUCACGAGCAUUAAUAUGUAUACACUUUGGUACCAUGUCACAUUAACUUUUUUGACUAACUUGAACUGUAAGUCUCACUAAAUGUCAAAUAUGUUAGUGCGACAGAGUCCUAAAGUGGGUACAUUAUAUUUCUCAUGACUGUACACUACAGCGGAAUGAGAGUAUACCUACGCAGCGUCAGAAUUUUCUAUGUAUGAGUGUGUAGAAUUUACCAGCUGGUAAUGCAGACGCUCAGUAAGUUCUGUUCGCUCUUUUGACGGGCUCCGGAAGAGAUUCCACUAAAGCGGAAUGGUGCGAAGCGGAGCGGAGACCUGCUUUAUCAACUAAUCACAGCAAGUACCAAAGAGCGAAAGAGAACGCUGUAUCGCUGAUACAGCGAUACGGCUAUUGGUCGAUUCCUGCAUGCGUCUUCGCUAGUUGCCACUCCGUUCCGCUUUUAUAGAAACACACCCUAAAGAUGCCCUUUAGUAGGUACAUAACUAUGCACGCGCUAAAAUGGUAAAAACUUAUUUUUUAAAUUGUUUUUUUUUUUUUGUCAGAAUCUCGUGUAAGUUGAAUCUCUAUCAGAGUGAAAUAAUGUAAUUUGCUCAGGGGGAAUAAAAGUACUACAUUGAAGCAAUUCGUCUAGGAAAGUAAUUGUAGUGUAUCGAUAUUGCUAUCCUUGUCUCGGGCGCGUACGUCAUCCGAAUACAGAGCAAGACAAAACAGUCAGUCAAUGCAGGACGGUCUGCCUGUACAGACAGAGUGAUGGUUUGUUGGCGAGCCAAAUCCUGGCAGUAUACAAAAGGUGUACGGUCACGAGUACUAAUUAUAUACACUUUGAAACCAUGUCACAUUAACUUUUUUGACAAAUUAAACCGUAAGUCUCAUUAAAUGUCAAAUAAUGAUAGUGCGACAGGGUUCUAAAGUGGGUACAUGAUAUUGCUCAUGACUGUACUCUACAGUAAUAUUGCUAUUUGACACUUUGCUGACAUUGCGCACUUACUUUUCUAGGCGCAAAUGUCAAAUUGUAUAUUACCGUUUUAGAUGAAUUAUUAUUGCUUCAAUGUGGUAUUAUUAGACCCUUAGGCGUAAGAACAUGUGAUGAUAAUAUUGUGUAGAACUUCUUAUCCUACACUUAUGGAAUAAUAUAGAUAGAAACGGAUGUGAUUAGAUUUGUAAAUAAUAAAUGAAAAAGAUGAUGAGAAA